CCCAUUUUCAUAUCGCCUUCUCCUUUGUAUUGGGUUUUGUGAAAUUAAUGAAAAUCAAGAUGGAUGAUCUUCAACUACACCUCUCACUCUCAAACACUAAUUCCACCCACAAUGAAAAGAAGCGCAAAUUUGAUGAAUCAUUCUCAGAUGACAUCACCGAUAACAAACGCACAUUGCCAUUGUUGAUUUGGGACAGCAUCAACAGGGACAGCAGCAGAUGUGUUGACGUGGAGGAAGAUGUGAUGGUAGGGUGGCCGCCGGUGAAGUCGUGGAAGAAGAAAUUGGCUGGGCAGCACCACCGUGAAAGCAGCGCCGCCAACUACAUCACGGUGGAGAAGGGCGGAGGAGGAUCGAAUUACGUGAAAGUUGAAAUGGAUGGGAUUGGGAUAGCGAGGAAGAUUGAUUUAAGCAUCCAUCCUUCGUAUCAAGCCCUCACAGCCACCCUCAUGCCCAUGUUUGGCAAGCGUCCACAAAAUCUCAAAAUGUACAACCUCACGUAUCAGGAUAAGGAUGGCGACUGGCUGCUUGCUGGUGAUGUACCUUGGGAAAGAUUUGUUGGAUCUGUUCGACGUUUAAAAUUGCUGCGGAAGGAGUGGUGAUUGGAUUUGGAGGAAGGGGUUUCUUUUUUUUGGAUCAUCAAGUGAAAAUUGACAGAGUAGCCUUGCUCUGGAUUUGUAUUUUGGUGUGUCUAAUGAAUUAUUAAUGUAGUUUUAGUAGAACUUAGUUUGUGUAGUUUUUUGUGAAGGGCCGACAUUGUAAGAUAGAAAUUUUAUGAAUGAUCUAAUCAGUAAUUAGUUCGUAGA